AUGGCGGCCGCCGGCUGGUCGGCGCGGGUCACGGCGCUGCUGCGGAGGAUGAACUCUUUCCACGGAGCAGGUAGGGCCACGACCAGAGGGGCGGCCCGGGGGCAUCUAGUCCAGCCCCUGCGACGCAGGACUCCUGUGCCCUCGCGGGGCUCGAAGCCACAACCGACAGGGUGGUGGAAGCUUCUCGGCAGAGCUUGGCCGGCCCUCGAUUAGGGAUGCUUGAGCUGAGAUUCCUGCCUUGCCGGGUCGGACUGGAUGACCCUCAGGGUCCCUUCCCACCCUAUGAUUCUAUGACCUCUAAUUCCAGUUCACUCUCUCCCCUCUCUCAGGCUCCAUAGCAAGCUCGCUGCUUUUCCAAUUGCCCGCAGCCCUUUGCAGUAAGGAAGGGGGUCGAAAAUUAAGACAGCGGCCAGCUGAGAAGAUCCAUAAAAAAGCAACUGUACAAAAAGGAAUUCUUGUGCCAAUAAUAUUUUUUUUUUGGGGGGGGCACCAAAUUUUGUCCUCACAUCUUGGUGGGGGCACCAUAUGACCAAUAUCUGCUCCUGGCCAGGUCUAGUUCAUCGGGACUCCACUUGACAAACCCUAAAAUAGGCACUCCUUAGUUUUAAAAUAUAACAACAAUAGGAUGAAAAUUGCCUGCCCCAAAAAGCAAUAGAGAACAAGAAAAAUAAUGUUAUAUGUCAGCAGUGUUGUUUGGGGAGCAGGGCAAGCACUUUGAAUAUUGCCAUAGUCUUAAUCACCCUGACAGAAAUAAACUCUUGCAGUCUACGAUUGCUAUCUUAUACAUGCUUUUCUAUGAAAUUCAGGCUGCAAUCUUACUUGCGUGUAGGUGCUUCUGAAAUCAAUGAAACCUUAUUUUGAGUAAACAUGUGUAAGAAAGCAAUUCCAAGCUGAGAAGCAUUUGCCCAUGUCCAAAAUGCCUUUCCCUAUCAAAAUGUUGUUGUUGUUUAGUCGUUUAGUCGUGUCCGACUCUUCGUGACCCCCUGGAGCACGCCAGGCACUCCUGUCUUUCACUGCCUCCCGCAGUUUGGUCAAACUCAUGCUGGUAGCUUCCCUAUCAAAAUAAACUUUUUAAAAAGAGUCCAUGUUAUUGCUUAUGCUGAUCAGAGAUGCUGCAAAGCAGCAGAGGCAUAAAAAUUAAAAUAUUUUUUAUAUACUUAAAUAUGGCCCUGCUCAUAGGAACUAGGACUUGGCAAAAUGAUUACAAAUUGACAGCUUCAUCCCCUUGCAGGUUCUUCAAAGGCUUUGUGCCUGCCAUUUAUGGUUGCUGGACAGCAGGUGGGCCACGUGCUGCCCUCUGUAGCCAAAUAUCUCUGUCAGUAUCCAGCUGUUUUCUUGGUGUCUCGGGGUGAUGGUGUGCCUGCUUGCGUGGAACUUAACAAGAAGCUGGCAUCCUCUGAGCAAAGAACAGAUGCUGUGGAAGGAGUACUCAGGGAAAUGAGAGCACAGCAAGACUUCCCUUGCCUGAAGGAGUGGAGAGAGGAGGUGAGAUUACCAGGCACCCAAGGAAGGCGAAGGGCCAUGUGGCACCCAUGGAUGUCUUUGAAUACUGUAAGGGUCAAGUGGGAGGGACCCAGGGCUUCCAUUCAGGAUACUAGCUCUGGGAGGAAGGAGUGGUUGGGCCAAUGAAACAGUUGUCCAUGAACCAAAACUUGCUUUCGUUGCAGCUCUACAGUGUGAUGCCCUAUUUUUGUGACACGCCUCUCUUCAGCAUGGAGCGCUCUGCAACUCGUGAGUCUGAAAAACCUUUGACUUCCUUGCUUUGUAUUCCAUUGAUAUGAGACACGAUUCAUGCAGAAGUAAUUAAGAGAGACCUCCUAGAAGCAUUUGUCCAAUCCCAUCCAUGGUAACAGGAGCACAGCUAAGAGCUCAAGUGCAGAUUUGUCCAAAUAUCUCCUUUUUUACCCUGCUGGAGAAAUCUAGCUUCUGUGCUCUAUAAAGGACUAUGUGCAGUGAAUGAAACAUGAAUGCAAGUCCAUUGAUUUUAGUGGGUCUACUCUGGGUAUGAUUUAAGAAUAAUAAUUAUUAUUUAUACCCCACCCAUGUGGCUGGGUGGUUGGAUAUCACCCCAAUAAUAAUGUUUGUCCUUGAAAAUGAGACAGCAUUCAAUGUGAAGUGGGAGGCUUCUGUUCCAAUCCUGACUUGGUCAACUGUGCACUAGGUGGUCUCAGACAUUGUCACAGACUCAGUUCCCCAUCUAUAAAAAGGGAUAAUACUUUACAACCCAAGACAGAUUCUUAAGGUACUAAAGCCUGAUUGCUUCAUUCCUUUUCAGAACUGCCUGCUUUUUAUCUCCAGCCAGGACUGCGUUCUCUGCUUACUGCUUGCAAACUGUUCUGCCUUCAUCUUGCUUUGUUCUUCCUAGUCAUCUGGGCUUAGGGGUUGAGCACCUGGAAACACAUAUCACAGGGAGGCUUUCCCUUGAAAUUUGUUGUUCCCAGUUCCCUCUAUUUUUACAGAAUGAGAGUGCACUGGUUACUCUCUUCAGUUCUUUUUCUGCCCCGUCCACCCUCUGAAACUCCACAGGUUUCCUUAUGGGGAAAGGCUUGAAAUUCACACAUCAUUUCAAUAAAACGAUAACUCCAGAAUUGCAGCACUUCAGGAGAUCUGUGGGGCUUUUGUGGGCAGUUGAGGUUUAGUUUUGAUCCAGUGCAUUUUCUGUGUAGCUUCAUUUAGCAGCUGUUCCAGGCCUGUGAAACCUUGUCAGGCAUCUUAAUAUAAGCUGGGAAUUUUGGAAAUGAGAUGUUGAUAGUGACUUCCUCUAUAGAAUGACUACAAGAGAAGCUAAAGAAUAUUGCACAGCAAAAGUGCAAAGUAAGUGCAUAUUCAAUCUUCUCACCAUGCAUUUCCUUUUCACUUGCCACUCUGGCUGUGUUCCUGGUGCCCCUCCAAUACGGCUUUCCUGUCAUUCUACGGAAGAAACUCCUAUUCUCUAAGCAGUGUUAAUUAUCUCAGCCUACAUCAGACUUCCUCAACCUUGGCCCUCCAGGUGUUUUUGGCCUACUACUCCCAUGAUCCCUAGCUAUCAGGACCAGUGGUCAGGGAUGAUGGGAAUUGUAGUCUCAAAUAUUUGGAGGGCCGAGGUUGAGGAAGCCUGGCCUACAUAAUACGCCAAGUGUUUGGGCGGUGGUAGGGGGAAGGUCGGCCCACUCCUGUACUCUUUUUGGGGUUGCAUCUGGAAAUGAUUAACCUGGACAAGUAACUUUUGUUUCUCUUUUGCACCCAGCAUUGUUUGGAGUGAAGCGCUAUGGCACCCACCUGAACGGCUACACUUGGCGCAAUGGGCAGAUGUUCAUGUGGUUGGCCAGGAGGGCACUGAGCAAACUGACUUAUCCUGGCUUGCUGGACAACAUGGUAAGAGAUGAGAUGGAAAAGGCAAUAGGUCUGCCUCUUUGAUGUGAGAGUUGGGAGCAGCUCUCAAUAAUCAAGUGUUCUUCUAUGGGGCUGGUCAGACAACAGCCACAGGGAAUAGUGAGCUAAAAGGCUGAAUGCACAAAACAUGCACCUGUCUGGUAAGUGAAUGAGUAUUUCAGCAUAAGCCAUUUCACCAGGCGGCUUGGUGCCCAGCAUUAAAGGUGAACUUCUUCUCCCCACUCUGCAAAUUGAGGCACAAGAUAACAGACAAUUGGGGAUCAUCAUCCACUAAAUGGGUAGUAAGCUUACCAGGUACUAGGGCCAAUUCAGGGGGAGCAGAGCUGCUUUGUGCCCAUUUACCAUAGUAGCUCAAUAUUAAUCCCUCAUUUCGCUCGCCUUAGGCUGCUGGGGGCAUUGCAUCAGGAUUGGGUGUCAGAGAGACGCUGGUGAAGGAAAGCCAGGAAGAAGCUUGCAUCCCCGCUUCUCUCACUGCACUUGCCAAAGCUGCCGGAACUAUCAGGUAAUAUUAAAAAGCUACCUCAAGUUCAGGAAAAUGCAGUUGUUUAGGUAAGAGGAAAAUUAAUAUUUAAAAGCCAGGGCCUGUAUAAAAAAGGCUGUUUGUAUUCUGUGCCUCUGCAAAUUUGUUGUAUGAGCACAGACACUUCAAGCUUGUAUUUGAGAAUUCCAGCUAUAUUGUAGAAAGCCACCUUUUCAUUGGUGCACAAGGAGUAUGUGGCAAGGCCUCUGGUGCCAGGGCUUAAGACUGCCAACUCUGACUGUGAUCCUUGAGCAGCACUUCCUGUUCUGUCCCACCAGCUGCCUUGCCCAUUCAUGAUUUGCCUCCUUUUGCUUCUUACAAACUAAUCCUAACUGAGCUUAAUCAUGAAAAUAUCUACCAUAGCUUAGGUAUAUUUCUAAUGUGCCUCAAGUAUAGAAAGUAGACUGCCUUCAUUUCUCUCCCUCUCUACCAGCUUUUCCAAACAUCAGUAGGAAUCGAUGAAACAGAGAGUCAAACACCAGAAUCACUGUAGCUAUUCUGGAAAAGGCAGAUUCUCAGUAAUUCAGAUCAAAGUUUACCUCCCUCCCCAACCAAAUAAGAACCUAAUGCAACUUGUCUCCACAGUCAUAAAUACUGCUGAACUCUUUCCCCUGCCUUCUCCCACCCCAGCUACACCUAUGAGGGUGCACAGGGAGGCAUCUAUGCUGAAUGCCAGUUUGUAUUUGACCUGAAGUUGCCUGAAGGUUUUGUGCCCCAGGUGGGAGACGGAGAGGUGCAGCAGUUCUACCUCUGGCCACUUGAGAAGGUUGGUAGGUGUAACUUGACUUAGGGCAAAAAAUGACUCUUUUUGCAAAUCAGAAGUUGAUACCGCAGAGAAUUACACUGCAAAUUACAACAAUGGGUUAAGGCCUCCCACUAACAUGACUUCCUCAAAGUUACUCGCUUUCAUAAAACCACCUGCCAAAAGCUCUAAUUGUUGGUUAGGGUUAUAAAUUCCUGUGCCUGUAUAAGAAAUAGUCCAGAGAGGGAUGGUUGGUAAUUUGAUAAAAGAAUUUUUGAGGUAGUGUAAUAAUAAUCUGAGAAGCAGUGUGGUAAUUAUGUAUAAACUGCAAUAAUGCCAUAGGCUGCUGGUUGACUUCUGAAUUUGGGUCUCUUCCUCCUCCUAAAUUCACAUAGCCUAGAAUUUUGUUUGACUGGAAACAAUUAUCCACCAGUGGACUUUGUGCUUCCUAACCAAGUUCACAUUCUUAAUAAGACACAGCUACCCUGUAUAGGUGGGUUAAACCACAGAGCCUAGGACUUGCCAAUCAGAAGGUCGGCAGUUCGACUCCCUGCGAUGGGGUGCGCUCCCGUUGCUUGGUCCCUGCUCCUGCCAACCUAGCAGUUUGAAAGCACGUCAAAGUGCAAGUAGAUAAAUAGGUGCCGCUCCGGUGGGAAGGUAAAUGGCGUUUCCGUGCGCUGCUCUGGUUCGCCAGAAGUGGCUUAGUCAUGCUGGCCACAUGACCCGGAAACUGUAUGCCGGCUCCCUCGGCAAAUAAAGCAAGAUGAGCGCUGCAACCCCAGUCGGCCACGACUGGACCUAAUGGUCAGGGGUCACUUUACCUUACCCUGUAUAGGGUGAACACAAAGUAAGGUCAUGGCAAUUAGCAUGCCACCUCCUAGUGAGAGAGAUAUGUGAACUGUAAAUACAGUGGUACCUCGGGUUAAGUACUUAAUUCGUUCCGGAGGUCCAUUCUUAACCUGAAACUGUUCUUAACCUGAAGCACCACUUUACCUAAUGGGGCCUCCUGCUGCUGCCGCGCCCCCGAAGCAUGAUUUCUGUUAACAUUCUGAAGCAAAGUUCUUAACCCGAGGUACUAUUUCUGGGUUAGCGGAGUCUGUAACCUGAAGCAUCUGUAUCCUGAGGUACCACUGUAUUCCUCUUCUGCAGGUGAAAGAGGCCAUUGGAUCUCCAGAUUUCAAGCCCAACUGUGCAAUGGUGGCUCUGGAUUUCCUUAUCAGACAUGGCUACAUCCAACCUGAUGGAGGUAGGCUGCAGGAGAAAGGUGGCUUGUCUGGUAAGAGGGAAUUUAUGUAUGAGGGGCGAGAAGGAUACAAGAGCAAGAUAUAGCUCUGUAUAGGUAUGCAUGCAUCACUGCACCAUGGCUAGAAACAGACUCUUUUAAUAGAUUUCACUUUUCUUUCAGAACCUCAUUAUGUAGAGCUUGUGGAAGGGCUACACCGAACACUCUAG